UCAAGAGGUGGGCACUGUCCAGCUGCACAUCUCCAAUGGCCAGUAUUUCAGUGCAAAGGAAGAAAAGCAAGUCCUGAUCCGCAGGGCUGGCACUGGCACCUUCAUCCAGAUGGAAAAACCUGUCUAUAAGCCAGGACAGACAGGUGAGUGCUCUGCGUGAAGCAUCCUGACAGGUUCCCUGCCUUGAUCUGUCUGGACGUUGUUCCUACUUUUCCCUGAGUGAAAUUUCGGAUAGUGACGCUGACUGAAGACUUUGUUCCCAUUAACAAUAAGGUAAAGCCUGUCCAAGUGCAUGCCAGGAAGCCUAUAGAGUUUGUCUGCCAAGUCUGCUGCCUCUGCCAAACCCACGAUGUGACUGCCAGGUGGUCUGCAUGUCUGCAGUACCCAACACAGCAGACAAUGACCUGUUAAAAAGCCUUGCCACGUACAAUCUUAUGGAUGAGUUGACACACUCUGCUGCUGUCUGGUGGGAUCUCUAGCAUGGCUGCUGAUAUCUGAGGAGCAUGCCAGCAUGCUCUGCUAGUUGAGUUAGUAAAGGGUAGCCGAGGAGCUUCAUGCACUUGUCCCAUGACAGAAAAGAAUGGAAUUUUUGGGGGGAAACUGGUGGCUGCUGGCUGCAGGCAUGAUUACCAGACAAGAUAUGCCCAGGCUCAGCCAGAGCCGGACUUAUUCUCCUGCAACUUUGUGGAGCGUUAUACCUACAGGCAGCAGGAGGAUAUACAGCAAGCCAAGGCACAUUUGCAAAAUUUUAAGAAAAAUUAAUUGAUAUGGGAAAGGAUCUAUAUGAACUGAUUAUAAAAAGAGAAAAGAGAGAAAACUGUUUAACCAAAUUUUACUGACUUGCUUCUGGCAGCAGCUCAUUCUCCCUAAGUCAAGCGAGUGAGAAGUUGCCAGAGACUUGAAUAGGUGCUAGCCAGGAAACUGCAAGACUAGCAGCUUUCUACAGUAAGCAAUUAUAUCUGCUGCCAGAAGCUGUAAAUAUUUCACAUUAGUCUGUCCAGAAGCAAUUUAAGGAGAGCCAGCAAGAAUUCAUGCCACGACAGAUAAAUACCAAGGGGCACAAAUGAGCAGAGGGUUAAAUUAAGUCUCUCUAGUCUGAAAUAAAGGGAGAGAUCCUUCUGGUUUCUUUGGUGCUGACUUCUUUUUUUUUUUUUUUUUUUUGUUACUGAUGAGGGCCAAGGGUCAUGCACUCACUUUCUGCCUCAGAAAUAGAAGGCAUCUGUUUUAGAUAAUAAACAAUACCUUUGCUUCUAUGUCUGCUUUGGUUCAUGAAGAUACUUGGUCAUAAAUGCUUGAUGCCUAGCUGUGAAUAUGAGAAAAUUAGGAUUGUAACUGUUAAUAAUGCUGUGAUGAAAAUUCAGAAGAGGUCAUGUUUAACCAAGACUAUCAUGAGGCUUGGGUGCACUGCAGCAUUACAGCCAUAAUAUCACAUUUGUAAAAUAGAUGGGUUGGUGAUAACACAGGUGCUGUUGACUCACAUGUUUUAUUUUAGCACUGACAUUGUAUUCAAGUUAUGUAAAUAGUUAACCUGCACUUUUUUUUUCUUUCUGAGAAAACAAAGCUGCCUAUCAUAACUUACAUGAAAGCUUAGAAUGUUGAAUAACCUGAAUCAAAUGCGGUCUUCUCUUUACAGACUAGUUAGUUUUUCCAGUCCACUUAUGCCUCACACUCCCUUCACUCUGCUUCCUGGCUGAUAGUUGCUGUGGUAUAAGAACAGAGUUAACAUUAAUAGACAUAGAAUGUCUUUCUUUGUGCCUGCCUAUUACUGCCAGCUAAAGUCAGCAGCAGGACAUGUCUCCAAGCCUUACCUUCUAGGCCAGGGACUUUACAGGGAAAUGUGGGGUUUAUUCAUUCUAUAGACAAUGCAGUUUUGCUAAUUGUGAGAAACUGUAUUACAAAAUGGAUGCCUUUUAAUACUCAUGAACUCGGAGUCAUUGUAUUUUUAAGUCUCUCUACUUUUCUCCUUUCUUUACAUUAAAUUACAGCUUUUAUGGUCACAGAAUAAAACUUGAAUAUGUCUAUCAAAGUGCAUCUUAAAAAUUCAGGAAUAAGAAAGCAAACUCAAAGAAUAGCACAGAUUUCCCUGUUACAUUUCACCCUUAUUUCAAAAUCAUUUUCUUGGUUUCUGUAGGAUCAAGCUUCUUGCAUUGUAAUGUUUGGGACUGGCAGUGUUGAAGUAGUACAUAGGCUAGGUGGAUAAGUCUAUAUGCAGGUUUUUAUGUCAUGCCAGCUUCUGACACUGAUGUCUCUUUGCUUUGCAGUACUCCAAGGUGGAAGUCCAGGUGGGUGUGUCAGACUCCCCAGUUGUUAUGAAGAAGGAAGGGUACUUCAGGAUGGGUAUCUAGGCCAUUAUCUUAGACCCACACCAAAACUCCAUUAGCCAGUGGCUGGAUGUGAGACCAAAACAGGGCAUUGCAGAUCUCUCUUUCCAGUUAGCUUCUGAACUCUCAAUGGGGACUUACACAAUCAACGUGGUGAACUCAAAAGUGUCCACUACAUUUAAGGUGGAGGAACAUGUGUUGCAAAAGUUUGAUGUUUUCUUCGAAGGACCAGCUCAGAUUCAUGCUUCAGAUAAAACUUUCCUUCUGAGUGUGUGUGGCAGGUACAGCUAUGGGAAAGCAGUGAAAGGAACCGUGCGGGUGACUUUGUGUCAAAAGGCAAGGAGGUGUCCUCAAGAUGCCAGCAAAGAUGUCUGUAGAGAAUACAGAGGUCUGACAGCGAGCAAGGGGUGCUUCACAUCUUCAGUAAGCACAGCAGUAUUUAAUCUGGCUCCCAGUGAGGAAGACAGCAAGAUCUAUGCAGAAGCUUCUCUCCUGGAAGGCGGCACAGGAGUCCAAAUCAACACAUCCAGCCAAAUUGUCAUUUCCAGGACAGCUGCAAGUGUAGUGUUUGAGACACCAAAAGCUUACUAUAUCCCUGGAGUACCCUACAGGGGGAAGAUUAAGCUUCAGGAUCACUAUGGAAAUGGUAUGAAAAACAGAAAAGUUUAUCUCAUUAUAAAGUUCAUGAAGCGUCGGCUUAUCAAAACAUAUAUCACAGAUGGCAGUGGAAGAGCAUCAUUCAACCUGGACACAACUGCCUGGAACAGCUCCUCAGUCUCUUUGGAGGGAAGGUUCACACUGGAGAAUGUCACACAAAAACCUUGGAAAAGAAGUAUCAGUUACAAAAAUGCUUACCAUCACCUGCAGCCCUUCCAUGUCACAACCAAGAGCUUCCUGGAAAUACACCCACUCACAGGGAAACUGCCUUGUGGGCUGAAGCAGAGUGUCCAGGUGACCUUCACACUCAAUAGGGCUGACGUGGGAGAAGACACCAACCGCAUAGAUUUUGCAUAUUAUGUCACUGGGAAGGCUGGCAUUAUCAGCAGGGGUUGGAGGAGUGUCCAGGUUGGAAAGCUGAACAUGCUGAAAGGCUCCUUCUCUAUCCCAAUGACCUUCACUGCUGACUUCACCCCUUCACCUUGCUUAGUGAUGUAUACUAUCUUCCCCAAUGGAGGAGUGACAGCUGAUAGCAUCUGUUUUGAUGUUGCCUUGUGCUUUGAAAACCAGGUCAAGGUAGAUUUUCCAGCUAAAGAAAGCCACACAGGGUCAAUAGUGCAGCUCCAACUUCAGGCAGCCCCUGGCUCCAUUUGUGCAGUACAGGCAGUGGAUGAAAACAUGUUCCUCAUGAGACCAGAGAGUGAGCUGACAAGCCAAAAGGUAUAUGGCUUGUUCCCUGCUAUCUACAGACAUGGAUACCCUGCCCAAGUAGAAGAGCGUUCAGAUCACUGUAUUCAGCCCCAGUCCAGGUCAUCUUGGCUCCAAGGAAAACCAUACCAUCCCUUUCAGCCUGAUAUUUUCAAUCUCUUUUGGAACAUGGGUCUGAAAGUCUUCUCAAACCUUGUAAUCAAGAAGCCAACUCAGUGCUCUCAGCGGGCAGAGAGGAAGCCAACCAUGGGUGUACCUUCUAUGGAGGAACAAAGAAUUACUAAGGAGCAACCCCAAUUUACAACCCAAGGAAGAUUUCACAACUCUUUGCCUGAAACUUGGAUCUGGAAUCUCUUCUUUGUUGGCUCCAACGGCAGCAGGAGUGUUCCAGUCAUGGCACCUGAUGCUGUCACCAAGUGGAAAGUCAAGAUGUUCUGCUUGACUGGAAGGACAUUUGGCCUUGCUCCAACCAUGAGUCUCAGAACAAUCCAGCCUGUCUUUGUGGAUGUGACAUUGCCAUAUUCUGUGAUCCGAGGAGAGACUUUCACGCUGAAGGCUAGUGUCUUCAACUACCUGCAGCAGUGCCUACAGAUACAUGUGGCCCUAGAUAAAUUGCUGGACUUCCAGGUGGAGGACUGCCAGACCUGCAGGGACAGAGAGUGCCUGUGUGUGGAAGAGUCCAAGACCUUCACAUGGAAUGUGACAGCAACCCAGCUGGGGACUCUGAAUAUCACAAUCAGGACCGAAGUUCUAGACACAACACCACGCUGUGGGGGCAGGAAGCCCUUGCCAACUAUCAUGAGGCGGAGACAUGCUCUGAUCAAACACUUGCUGGUUCGGCCAGAAGGUGUGCUGGUGGAGAAGACUUACAGCUCCCUUUUGUGCCCCAGAGAAGGAAACAUGGCUGAAGAACCUAUGCUGCUUCACCUCCCUGAUAAUAUAGUAAAGGGAUCUGCCAGUGCUUCAAUUGCCAUCUCAGGUGACCUCAUGGGGCUGGCACUACAGAACCUGGACCGCCUGGUGCAGAUGCCCCAUGGCUGUGGGGAGCAGAAUAUGGUGCUGUUUACUCCCAUUGUCUAUGUGCUGCAGUACCUGGAGAAGACAAGGCAGCUGACCCCUGUGAUCAAGGAGAGGGCAACAGGAUUCUUGCGCAAUGGCUACCAGACACAGCUUCUUUAUAGGCAUAGCGAUGGGUCCUACAGUGUCUUUGGGCAGCAGGAUGGGGAAGGGAACACUUGGCUGACAGCUUUUGUAGCCAAGAGUUUUGGCCAAGCCAAGAAAUAUAUCUAUAUAGAUGACAAGAACAUCCAGGAUGCCCUACGCUGGCUGGAGCAAAACCAGCUCCCCAGUGGCUGCUUUGCCACCAAAGGGAAUCUCUUUCAUUCCUCUCUGAAGGGCAGCUUGGAUGAUGAAAUCUCCUUGGGGGCAUAUGUCGCUGCAGCACUGCUGGAGCUAGGUCAGCCGCUGAAGGGCAAGUUAAUGCAGAGUACCUUCCACUGCCUGCAGCACGCAGUUCACAACAUCACCAACAUAUACACAGAAGCUGUGCUGGCCUAUGCUUUUGCCCUGGCUGGAGACUAUGAGACAACCCAGGAGCUGCUGUACAAGUUGGAGGAACAGGCCAUCAAAUCAGACAGACUGUAUGCUCCUUUUCCUUCUGUAGGGGGACAAAUACACUGGAGUCCCAAACCGAGCUCCCCAGCUUCCACAGACUUCUGGCCUAGUACUCGGUCAGCGGACGUAGAAUUGACAGCCUAUGUACUCCUGGCAUACCUCUCCAAGCCACGACUGCAUGCAAGGGAUAUGACAACUGCAGCUAGUAUUGUGGCAUGGCUGACCCAGCAGCAGAAUGCCUAUGGAGGCUUUGCCUCCACUCAGGACACAGUUGUUGCCCUGCAAGCCUUAGCAAAAUACGCAGCAAGGAUGUUCAGCACAUCAGGCCAAACACUUGUGAGGGUGAAGUCACAGAGGGAUUUUGGAAAGACAUUCCAAGUUACUCGCCAGAAACGGCUCCUCGUGCAGCAUGCAGAACUGACAGAGAUCCCAGGGCAGUUCUUGGUGCAGGUUCACGGCAGAAGUUGUGUGUUUGCUCAGACAGUGCUGAGGUACCAUGAGCCAACUCCACAGACCACCGCAACCUUUAGUCUGCGUGUCAACACAGAGCUGGCCAACUGUAGCCAGGCCAAUACACAUGUCCUCACUGUCCACAUUCUUGCCAGCUACAUUGGCAGCAGAGUCACAUCCAACAUGGUGAUCAUGGAAGUCUCCUUGUUGUCUGGAUUUGUCCUGGCUCCAGGAUCCAGGAUGUUGCUGGAGCACAAAACCAUCAUUAAGAAAAUAGAAGUGAAAGCUGAUGUCAUCUACAUUUAUCUGGACAAGCUCAGUGGUGAGUCUCAGACUUUUAUUCUGCAACUGGAACAAAUAAUUAAGAUGAAGAACCUAAAACCAACCACCAUCAAAAUCUAUGAUUACUACCAGCCAGAGGAGCGAGCCUUGGCUGUCUACAGUGCUGUCUGUAGCUGAGGCUGGGGACGAAAUGGAAGGAGAUGCCCCAGCUGGGACACUGCCCACAUUAAAGCUGAGUGCAUAUGGACUUGUGCCUGAGUGGAUGAACUUAGGCAUCACAACAGUUCAGCAGCUGUGCCUGCAUUUUGAGGGCUGGGUUGGGAGAGGGGAGGGUCACAUAUCUUGUACAUUCCUGGGAAGAAUUAAAGUAAGCAUCACCCCUGA